AUGGCGUUAUUGGUGCUGAUUUUGCUAUCACUGACUGUCAGCUCCGUUUCAUCGGCGCAGAUUGCUGGCUUCAUAUCUCUUGGAGGAUCGCAAUAUAUGACCUUGAGACGUAUCUUGGAAGAACUGGCUUCUCGGGGCCACCAGGUAGGACAGUCAAAAAUAAACUCAUUCUCGUGUCACACAAGCUAUUUAAUUUACGCUGGAGUGCUCCAGCAAAUUAAGAUGAACACUUUGAAUCAUCUUAAAUUCGGUACUGAGAAUACUAAACUGCGAAACAGAGCGAAAAGAUUCAAUGUAUUUUGUGAAUGCCAAAUAACUAUAAAGAUACCAUAAAAGUGAAUACUUACUUCAGUGAGUUAAGUUUUCAGUUCACUACUUAACAGUUCGAACUCAUUUUUUGCCUUCCUCGCUCAAGAGAUUCGCAUUUUUUGAAAGGCAUCUCUUUAGCCCCUUUUAGUCGUUUAUUAUCAUAAAUUGGACUAGGUGCACUAUAGUGCUUUGAUUUAAGUGCCCAGUAAAUCGAUCGGCUUCGAAAUUCAGUCCUGAAAAGUAAGGGUAGGUUUUUAUUGCCAAAGGUACGUGCGUGAAUUAAGUCACGCGCCAUGCACAUUUAUAUGCAUUUUCCGUCGUGGGUAAGAUGACACGGAUUUAAAAAGAUGUUAUGUAACGUGUUUCGAAGUCUCGUGGUCAUCGAGGUAGGCUAGCGAAGAAAAAGAUCUCAAAAGCAGAAAUUGUAAGUUUCGAAUCUUUUCUCACUUCAAGUAAGAAUGAUGUUGUAAUUGGUAAUCUUAUCUUUUGAUUAAUUAAACUUCAGUUGACUAUGACGGACUCACGUAUGCUACGAUCCGAACUUAUACUCUAGUACAAAAUAAGCCCUUAAGGGUUGAAACCCUUGGGUUGUUCUUCAAACCAAAGCAGCGCGUUAAACCAUAGGAGCGAAUCACGCGUACAGUGUACAGUAUGACGUUACCGGAAGUUUAGAGUACAUUAUUUUUUCGAUCAGUUUAAUAACUCUUGCAAUUUUAAACGGCAGUUUUUCAAUAAAGUGAAAAUGGAUACGGCAUUUAGGGAACUUAAUUUCAACUGUCUAUCGGUUCAGUCGUUAACAAAGAGAUAAUCUAAUUUUCAGAUUUUAAAUUUUAAACUGAAUUUUCAUGUAAAUUAUAAAAUCUUAAAUUUUAAAUUUUAAACUCAUUUUUUUUAGCAAAAAUGUAGUAACAUUGUUUUUUUGCUGGAACACAUGAUCUUUAUUUAAACUGUAGUUAGAUAAGAAAGUAUUUUAUUUUUCUAGUACACAAGGCCCCUCAAGCAUCUUACUGCUUUAUUACUGAUAGUGUUUAAAUAAAGGAUAUUCAUUCAUUAAUCCAUUCAUAAAGGAUAGCGUGCAAUAUGAUACUAUAGAUUUAGCCAGGACUAAAAGCGAAGCUCUGGUUAAUAAUACGUGUAAACAAAAAAAUUAAAUCGUGUAAUGCUAAACGGGGACGACAAUGAAAAUGGCUUCAAAACUAAUAGAUCUAAUUAGCAAAAAACAAAUUGCACGUGCAGCACACUUUUUCUUCUAAUUAGAAAAAAACAAAUUUGCCUCUUUUUUGGCUUUUCCUUGCCGUUGUUUUGCACGACUACAACGCUGUUUUGUACGACAAAAACGUCAAACUUCCUAGUUACAAGUUAUUUUUAUGGAGGGAUUGUCGUAUGUGCUUACCCAAUAUUUUGUUUCCUGUGUUCAUGUUGGCUUUUAUUUUUCACUGCCGCUCAUUUUCACCUUGCUGGCCGCAAGCAUUUCUCAUUUUCUCACCGCCUCUUUGAAUUUCCAUGUUUUUCUUCCUACGAAUUCGUCUCACUCGCUCUAGCUCUUUCUCUGUCAUCCACGUUAGUGUAAACAUAAAAAAUAACUCCGAAAAAGACACGACUUUGUUGUUGUUUUUUCUUUCUAAAGUCCGGGCGGCCAUGUGAUAUCCUUCCAAAUAAAAACGAGAGUUCCAUUUGGGUUGCCAUACCUGAUUAUUUUACAUGCCUGUAUGCCUGUGGUGCGGACGGACGGUCGCUCGCUCGCUCGGUCGGUGUACGGUCACGUGAUUACCAAAUUUUCUAGGAUGGUAGAUUACCACAUUUCCUUAGUUAUGGGGCUCCGCCCACGCACGGCGGAAAAAUUAAAAAGUGAACGUUGAAAGUAUAGGAAAAGAAACCGUUGAAGUCGUUAUCCAAAGGAAAUUUGAAAUGUAAAUUAGUAUAAAUACAUACAAAUGGAAGAAAUAAGGAAUGUAUUACAUUUCAUCUUUCCUAUUACAUGUAAUUCUCAAGGGCCCAAGUCUUUUGCCUCUCUUGAUGAGGUAUUCUUCUCAUUAGCUUUUCACACACUGUCUCUAUUGGAUUUAAUUAGUUCUAGUGGAAUACGUGUGAUGUCAUUAGCAGAGUGAUCAUUGGCAACAAAAUGUUCUGAGACCGUGGUGGGUUUGGAGAUAUCAGAUGGGUUGUCAACUGGUCUGCGGUGUUCGUUGAAACGGUCUUUAAGUCGUCGUUUAGUUUUUCCGAUGUACUGUUGUAAGAAGCUGUUGCACUGUACCAUGUAAAUGACGUUUCUGGAGUUGCUGUUGUUGUGAUGGGUGGUAAGUCUGGUUUCAUCUGUAGAGUGAAAUUUGUAUGAAGUUUGUCCGCCAGAUAUGCAGUAUUUGUAAGUAAAACAGUUUUUUCCACGUAGGUAUGAGCCUCGGGGUUGGUUGUGAUGGGUGAGAUUUCGAAUUUUAGCUCUGACGAGAAAAUCACUGAGGUUACUAGUGCGUCUAUAAGUUGCAAUAGGUACAGCUUUAAAAGAAGUUAUAACAACGGGGGAUGAAAUUAAGAUGUGAAUUUUUUUGCGAAUAAUGGACGAAAAGAAACGAAGAGCUGGGUUGUACAUGAUAACGAAGGGAACAUGACCUGGUUUGUCCAUUGUGGUAGUGCCAUGAGGCGUAAGUGCUUCUAUCUGUAAGUGUGAUGUUGUUAAUUCGUUGUAUUUCCUGUUGAAGGAAAUAGGCACGUUUGUAGAGACAGACGAUAAGGUCAUUGGUGCGGAGUGUAAGGGUCUCGUUGGUAGAACAAAUGAAGCGGAGUCUAAGAGCUAGACUGAAAGGAAUAGCACCUUUGGUGUGUAUGGGGUGACAUGGCAAAUGUAGUAAUUAUUGGUGUUUGUCAGUAGGUUUGGUGUAAGGGUCAGUGACGAUUUUGCCGUUGUGAAGUGAGACGUUGACAUCGACAAAGAGUAUGGAUGUGAAGGAAUAAUCGAAAGUGACCGUUUUGGAGAGGUGGCCGUUAUGGGGAGAUAGGGCUGUAAUAUAACAUGUGCUUUUGGGGAGGUUGGGUGAGAGGGGAGUGUACUACGGGAUUAUUAAUUGUGCCCAGUUCAUGCUUGCUGUAGCCUUCAAUCAUAUGGUAAUCCAAUCAUAAAAGAAUAUAUAUAUAGAAAAAAAUACACAGUAAACUUUGAAUAAUGUUUUGAAUCAAAAUGUUGACAAAACAAAACGAGCAAGGUUUGCAACAUUCGCUAUGAGUAUUGAAACAAUUUAAGCUCACUGCAGCAUAUAAAUGGAACACAAUCGAAAUACAUAAAUAUAUCAUUUGCUGCGAGUAGUCAUAGAAGCGCCAUACGGAUCAAAUUUCGUAACCAUUCUUGACUUAUUCGUCAGUCACUGAAAAGAACUGGCCGUUGUCAAGAGUUUAUUUUGGCAGUUGGGGACGCGGUUCAGUGGCCGUUGCCGUUGUAGAGGGGUUUUAUUAAUUUCGCCACGGUGAUGCAACACGGUGACAGGGGAUGAAACAAGACUUACCUCCCUGCAACUCAUAUCAACCUGCUCAUUACCCACCCAGCCCAUGAAAAGUUGUACCACACCACCGUGGUCUACGCCCCCUACUCUUUACCAACAGAAGCGUGGGUUCUUUUACGUCAAACAAGAAUCAGAACAGUGGAGGAGCUAUACAUGUGAGACGGGGCCUAAAGUUUAUCGUCCUUAUCCGAGAAGGUUUAGACAAAAGUCAUUGUAUGGACGGCCGACGGAGACAAAAAAGUGGCCGUUGUAGAGAACGUGUAAUGCAUUACUGCCUUGCAUUCAUGACUUGUGAAUUUUUUCACUUAGAUCAAGUACGAUUACGACUUUUUUAUGUCAAGCAAGCUGUGUUCUAAGAUUUUUCUCCACUACCAAUUUUCUCUUUAGAGAUCAUCGGUGUAGCUUGUGGGAGCAAAGUGCAGGGGUGUUUUUUCACUAAAAGACUCUCGAGAAAGCUUCACUCUUUUCCAUUCUCCCCGCGGAUUUCAAUCCAAACAAAGAUGGCAGUAGCUCCUGUAGAAUAAAGCAGUCGCGCGAGACAGAUUUCACCAGCUACGCAGGCUAUGUGCCAGGUCUAGAUCGGGUUGCAAGUUUGAUUAAAUUGAUAAUGUCAGCUAAUGAAGACCAAGUUUGGUAAUGUGUAGUUACUAGAAUUCAUAUCAAGGCGACGAGCCCUUGUACGUGGUGUAAAAUCCGUAUACGACACCCAUAAAGAAAGGCCUCCGAGCAAAGGUCAGACUAGACUUGAUACAAGUCGACCUCUUUCCCCUUUCAUUGUGAGGAAAAGAAAUUGAAUUGAGUAUCUGUGUAAAUGUUGUUAACAGACGCGACUUCACGUCUGUUAACAUAAUCAGGAGGCAGAAUCUCACCACCACUGAGGUUUUUUUUUUAAAUUUCUUCCUUAGGUAUCGCUAAUCGUUCCUUCCGCCCAAAAAAUAAAACCAAGUGAGAAGGUUCCACACAAGAUUUACCAAGUGCCCCUCAAACCUGACUACCUCGAUGAUGCAAUAAGGCUUGAUAUAAACGGACCCUGGUUACAGGCACAGAAAAGGAUGAGAGACGUCCUGAGUAUUUUAUGCGAAGGUGCUUUAAAUAGCUCACAGGUGCUUAAAGAAGUGAAAGAUUUUGACUUGCUUCUUUACGCCAGUCCCAUGGGAAUGUGUUCUCCGCUGGUUGGUGAACUCCUUGGCAUUCCACGAGUGGAAAUUUUGCUCUUUGCACCAAACACCCCGUUUAGUUUUAACCACAUGAUUCCCAUGCCUGUCUCGUAUGUACCGUUAAACAUGCUGGGAUUCAAUGACAAAAUGACGUUUAUGGAGCGAGUGAUCAAUUUGGCUGUCUAUUUUGGUAGUAAGCUUUUGUGGGAUCUUGUAGUUGCUAGUAUGAUGAACGACCUCAAGGUUAAGUACAAUAUUAAACCUGAAAGAAGUUACCAGGAAGCUGCUGGUGGUGCUGAACUGGUUUUGAUUGCAGCAGAUUUUGCAUUGGAGUAUCCUCAACCUCUGUUACCAGGUAUGACAUAAUUUCAAUCAUAUAAUCUUGAGUAACCACUGUCCCAGGUAAAUUUGCGUACUAAAUUAGAAUGAAAUUUUAUAAAUGGGCCAAGAAUUAAGCUCCAUUUUGACUGUUUGUCUGUGUUUGUCCAUGUCUUAGUAUAAAUCUAUCUUUUUAGUUUCCGUCUAGGAAACGUAACUUUAAACUUUAUCGAGACUUUUGAAGGUCAAAAGCUCUUUUCCUGACCUUUAUCCAUUAUACUCACACCAAAUGUAUUUCACUAAGAAGAGGAAUAGGGAACGUGGAACGUUUACAGGCUCACAGAUGGCCUUGCGUCUUGUCUGACAAAGGUAUUUGAAAUACAGUCGAGUCUCCUCCCCAAAACCACCACCCAAAAGGCGAAGAUUUAGAGGUCGCUUACGGGAGGUGGCGGCGUAUGAGAUUCUCUCUCUCUAUGUAUUUUUUUUUUUUUGGGGGGGGGCUUUCGAGAAAAGGUUUGAACAUAUCUACUUUUGGAAAGAGAGCUCGUUGCAUGAAAUUCAAAAAAAAAUGCAUGAAAUUAUGAUAUGUGUAGUUCCAUCGGCUGCCACUAAAAGUUUGUCACAGUUUCUGAGUCGUGCAGUACAUACAGCGAACAUAGAGAUCAAACAAUGUGUCAAGUGUUCGCAUGCAAGAGGUUAAAUCAAUGGAACAUUCUCAAACCAUCACUUGAAAAAGUGAUCGCUGUCGCUUAACAGGUGGUCGGCUGGGUGGAGGUUCCAUCUGUAAUGGUUUGAAUGGCAAACUGUCGGUGUUUUGGGUUGUUGGUCGCCUAUUGGAGGAGGUCACUUACGAAGGGUUAUCGUCCAUAUUAUUUUUACUUUAAUUUUCAAUUAGAUGAACAGCUGGUAAGUGCUGUAUAUUGCCUAACAUCGCUUUACCUUGUCGCCUCAAUCAGAAUUAUGCCCUUUCUUUUUGUACUUUUUUUUUAUGUUGGUGAACAAAAAAGUAUGAAAGUAAGUUUGGUUGUUUCCAACCUCGUUUCCACUGUCCUCUCCUACCUGCCUGGGAACGAAGGUUGGGUAUUGUUGUUGGUGUUGCGACAACUAUUGUUAACUCGCUUUUGUUCUGUGGUCUGUUCAGUGUUCAGUAUCUUUUUAUUCUUUUUUAUUACGUCAUUUGGCGAUUGCACCCGUUCGCAACACCAAGAAAUUUACCAAGUUUUUAAGCAAUCUGGGGGAUCUUAUCAGUGGGAGGGAGAAAAAACCUACGGUAGACCAUUGAUCACUAGGAUUUAUUGGUGUUCCGAUCAGAAUUUACCUCAAUAGGGAACCGCUUGGUCGGACCUCUAAAUGUCAGAGAUACCAUUAAACCUCUACCACCUGACCUGGACGAAUUUGUAAGCAAUUCAAGAGGACAUGGUUUUAUAAUUGUUUCCUUUGGAUCAAAUGUGGCUUCUAUUCUUCCUCGAGACCUUGUAGAUAUGCUUGCAACAGCGUUUGGAAAGCUAAAACAGCUUGUGGUGUGGAGACUUAAAGGUAUUUUAUUAUUCACGGCCAGUUAUCUUUCGUUCAUUCUUUUUCAGUUACAUAUGCGCUUAUCACCCAUUCGCUUUGUAAUUGUUCAUGUCUAAAUGGCACGUUGCCUAAGCCAUCAAGCACACGCCAUACGCUCAAAAAGAAAGUUUAACAUAUAAAUGGUUGGUAGCUGUUAAACGGCCCCCGUGUGUUUUCAGUUUAUUCUUUUAAAAGGUUGAUUACCCCAAUUCUUUAGGUUAAAUAGUUCUCUUUCCCAAUAUUCCACGGACUGUGACACACUGAACGAAAAAUGUAUACUCCUUACUUUAAGGAAAUCGUGAAGGGUUGAAUCGAUAUGGUUAACAGGCCUACUUAUUUCAAUUCUUACUGAUAAAGUUGCAGUUAAGGGGUUUAUAGGUGUGUUUGGACUAACGCCAGAAACAAGAACAAAUACCUAUUUGUAACAAGGUUGUCGUUGAAACAUUAGGGAGAAAGGUAAUCCAAGACUUUCUUAGAUUCUGGAUUCCAUGCUGUGGAUUCUGGCUCGGGUAUUCCAGGGAAAACAUAAUGUGUAAAAAAACUGUGGCUGCCUAUUAGCAGCUGGCAUCUAUUGUGAAUCUGAGAAUACGGAAUCCAUGUUUUUUUAUUUCUCUUGAAUUUAAACGUAAGAUUCCCUCUUAAGGUAAUGACAUUUCCUACAACAGAUUGUUGACCAAAGUCCUUUUUUGCAGGCUAUAUCCCCGCCUUCCUUGCAAAAAACAUUAAAGUUAUGGAUUGGUUACCUCAGAAUGAUUUAUUAGCUCACAAAGACAUAAAGGCUUUUAUUUCUCACGUGGGUCACAACAGUCUGUAUGAAUCCGCAUAUCAUGGCGUUCCCUUGGUCUGUUUCCCUCUCUAUGCAGAGCAGCAUGCUAAUGCCAAGAAAGUGGAACAUUUUGGUCUUGGUUUAGCAGUGUACCAUGACCGUACUAAUGCUCAGGAACUGUAUAAAACGAUUGAGCUGGUUAUCAGUGAACCAAGGUAAUAACAAAAAAUAGACACUUUGAAUUCUGCAAUGUUGAUCGCACUACGAGAAAAGUUAUUUUUGCAAGACAUCAACACGACACCGAUAGAACCCAAAACAGAGCGGGCUUACCUUGUAGCUGUCAACAGCUGUUUUGUAAUUGCUGUGGUUCGUCAGGACGGCGCAAAAACAGACAGAACAAAGACGCUCUGCUGAGAAAAUACAUACAGUUGUCCUUGAUUUUAUUCAUUAAGAGUAUAAGUUAGCUCCAGGGGAACACUUCCUUGUAUGGCCCUAUACCGUUUAUCUGAAAUUGAGAAGCGCAUCAUUAUGACGUUUAUCAGGAGCCCAUCAAAUGGAGCCUCCAUCUCCCAUACAAGCCCUUGGAGUCAACCCUUUCCCGAGUAGAUUUAUAAUUAGAACGGUUCCCAGAGGAGACUUCGCGCGCCGACGGUGGGAAGAGCCAAUCACCACGAAGUAAUGACACUGCUAUUGUACUUCAUCAAACAGCAGGAAACAGCUUGUAUCUCAUUAAAAGGCCAUGAAGCUGGUCUGUUACAUGCGUAAUGAUUAACUACCACCUGCAGUCUGUAGUUCUGACAGGAUUCGUUUUCUUUAGCCAAUUUUUUUGAGCCCUAAGGUUCUUAUUUCGGCUAAAUGACUCAAUAUUAAUAAAAUUUCUGGUUUUUCAAGUUUUUUUUUCCGAAAUGCGUUUAUCUGAAUAAAUACUUGUAGUCCUUGUGGUUUUUUUGCCCGUCAGCUAGUGUGAUGAUUCCCUGCUAUGUUUUGUAACGCCGGUCCCAGCCAUUGUUUUCUCGCAAAAAAGUGAUCUACAGAUGCCAAUUCGAAGGAAAGAAUUGGCCUUAACUUGUACAUUAAUUGCUGAGAAUUGUCUUGUUAGUCAGUCAUAAUUCCAGUUUGGCGCAGAUACAAUCCAUUUUGUUUUUCUUGAGAUAAGAGGGUCUUUGGACUGGAGCGCGAUGUCACAAAUUCCUCCGUUAGCAAAUUACUUUUGAGUUAGCUUCACGGUCGAGCAACUGUUGUCUUCUGUUCAACUUUUCAAGUGCCAGUUUUAUCAGGCAAUUCUCACGCUAAUACAAGUCAGUUGUCAAUGAAGACUGCAAUUUCUCAAAUUUCGGAACUAAAGCAUUCCUCCUUAUUACUUAGGUCAUCGCUUUUGCACGCGGUGCUUAGCUGGAGAAAUCCACUCCACGGUGAUGACAAAAAUCAAAUGAUCCUGGCACUUUUUCGGCGCUGAUCAUCGAAAAGUUCCAAAUCGUCCCCAGAACGCUUAAUCGUCGACUCCUUUCAAGGUGCAUUUUUAAAUGUGGGAUGUAUGAGGGCAAAAAAAAAAAAAAAACUCGCAAAGAUAACCUUUCCGUGAUCCUCAGUUCGCUGCCUUUGUCCCAUCGCUUCAUGCUCAGUCAGCGGGUAAUUCAUUAACUUUUAUUUCAUGAUAUCCAGAUCCCAGCGGCUGUAAAAUUGUAAAAAUGAACGUAUAGUAAAAAAGGAAAACGGUCGAAGGACGGGCUUCUGAGUUCGACUUCAUCCAACUUCAUUUUUUUCACGGUGACAUACGAGACUCCCGGAAAUAUGACACUUUUCGCGGGAAACAAGCCGUUGUAUUUAUAAAUCUACUCGGGAAAGGGUUGACUCAAGAAAUUAAUGGAGAUGGAGGCUCCAUUUGAUGGGCUCCUGCGUUUAUGUAAUUUAUAAAACUCUUUCUGCGCCAUGCGCUAAUUUGGCGUAAUUGCCAACGAGCCAUCCGACCGAAGACGCUCGGAUGGCGAGGCGGCAGCAGAAUAGAGCAGCGCAAGACUGGGCAAUAGGCAGAAAAAUUCUCGAUUGAGCUGAAAAAAGUGUAACCUAAUGUAAUGUAGAUUCCCCUGAGACCAAGUGGUCAGUUGUGAACCAAUCAAAAGGCAGUACCUGGCGCACGGGCUCAAGUUGAAUAACAAACAAAAUUUCACACACUUCCCGCCGUCGCGACUUCCUGUGUUUAUUUACCUAAAUUUUUUCGUUAAACCCGGCCACCGCAGUCAAGAGACAUGAGCACUUGAUAUAUUCUAUUAAUUUUAGGGGCCAUAAUGUUAAAUUUUAACGAAGAGAAGUUUGUAAAACAGCAAAAGUGUUCUAUGUGCAGCAAGCAAUAUUCUCACCACUAAAAAAGAUCAGAUUACACGAGGAGAUAAGGAAAGCUUGACACGAAGAAUGCAGUCGCUUCUGUUGGAAAAUCUGGUGUUGGGGAAAAAAUCUAACCAGCAAACAAAAACGAAUUACAAGCCUAAAGCGAACGACAAAGGAAAAGAAAACAACGCCAUUUUUUUCGAAACGUGGCCGAGUUCAGUAUAAAAAUAAUGAACUAAAACUAAAUACCGACGUGCCGUACAUCGCAUGUCCUUGGAAACAUUUCAGACGACCCAGCGAAUCAUUUUAAGUUUCAAUCCGAUAAUAAAAAGACUCGGGAAAUUUGAAAGGAGGUUUAAACGAUUAAACUGUGCAAAUAUUUAUCAACAAUGUGAAACCGAACCGAUAGUAGAUUUGUAGCUGGACUUAAUAAUAUUGCCGAACGCUCCUCUGAUAAGGCACUUCACAAUUUUACCUAGUUUUGUAAAGCCACCAUACUGAAAAAAUUUCAAGAAAAUAAUCCUUGCAACAGGAAGGGACCAAGAAACGGUUUAUGGUUUCCUAUUCAAAAUAAGCGAUUUGCUCAAUGGCUUAUAUCCAGCCAAUUAAAAAAUGAAAUUAAGACCGUUCAAACAAAGCGCAAUGCUUAUAUCCAGCCAGUUGAAAGACCGUCGAAGCCCCCCUCUUCAAGAAGCUUGUGAUUGGAUAGAGUAUGUACUAAGGCAUGGUGGAGCCAAGCACCUUAGACCUCAAGUGUUUAACAUCCCUUGGUACCAAUACUAUUUACUUGACGUCAUUGCUUUUCUUGUUGCUGUAGUUACUGUGAUUGUGGUGAUGAUGUGGUUGACUUGCAAAUGCCUGUGUCGUUUGCACUAUAGGAGCGACGAUGGCAAAAAAAAGAAGGAGUGA